ACGCAACAACACGAAGUGUCCGGCGGGUGAAUCCCGCAGCAGCUGCCUGUUAGUCUGCGGGGAAAAACGCGUUUCUACAGGUUGAACAGCCGAAACUGUCACUAUGGAGGUUUCUGAACAUGACGGCGGAGUCAAGGAGAUUUCAGAGAAACUGGAAAAGUCUUUGUCCAUGGAGACGGAGGACAACAUGGACGCCUACCACAGAUUAAUUCAAGAUGCAAAAGAUGUUGCCAGGCAAGGGGACAUGAGCAAAGCUCUGGAAUUCUUCAAGUCGGCGUACAACAUUCACCAGAGUCAAAAACUGGAGACCAGGAUAAAGAAAAUUGAAGAACUUAUUGCUCAGAAUGACUCUGAGGAAGAGGAUGAAGAGUUUGUCAACGUCAACAACAGCGGUUUAAUGCUUUUCAAAGACUUAUAUGACAAGCUUUAUGACUACCAGCGAGACGGAGUGGCCUUCAUGUACAGUCUGUACAGAGACGGGCGUAAAGGCGGGAUCUUGGCAGAUGACAUGGGCCUCGGUAAAACCAUCCAGGUGAUCUCGUUCCUCUCUGGUAUGUACGAUAACGAGCUGGUCAAACACGCGCUGCUGGUCAUGCCUACUUCACUCAUCACAAACUGGACCAAGGAGUUUGCCAAAUGGACUCCCGGCAUGAGGGUCACGGAGUUCCAUGGUACCAGCAAAGGAGAGAGGACCAGGAACCUGGAGAGAGUUCAGAGGAGAGGUGGCGUCAUCAUCACCACGUACACUAUGCUCAUGAACAACUGGCAGCAGCUGUCAUCGUACCAUGGCAGAGAGUUCACGUGGGACUACAUGAUCCUGGAUGAGGCUCACAAGAUAAAAACCUCAUCCACCAAAACAGCCAAAAGUGCCUCCGCCAUACCUUCGAAACACCGAGUUCUUCUCACGGGUACUCCGGUCCAGAACAACCUGAAAGAAAUGUGGGCCCUCUUUGACUUUGCUUGCCAUGGCACUCUCCUCGGCACAGCUAAAACAUUCAAAACCGAGUAUGAGAACCCCAUCACCCGGGCCCGAGAGAAGGAUGCCACUCCAGGGGAAAAGGUCCUCGGGACCCGGAUGUCUGAGAACCUCAUGGCCAUUAUAAAACCCUACUUCCUCCGCAGGACAAAAGCAGAAGUGCAGAAAAACAAAAUGAGCGGCUCACACCAGGGCAACAAGGACGGCCAAGUCCAAAACCCUCAAAAAGACUCUGGAGCCGUCAUGCCCACCCUCACGAGAAAGAACGACCUGAUUGUCUGGACCUACCUGAGCUCUGCUCAGGAAGACAUAUACAGGCAGUUCAUUUCACUGGACCACAUCAAGGAGCUGCUCAUGACCUCUAGGUCACCUCUAGCUGAACUAAACAUCCUCAAAAAGCUGUGCGACCACCCAAGACUGCUCUCUGCUGCAGCCAUAGCCAAGUUAGGCUUGGACGAAAGUACAGCUGAAAGUCAGCAGAGUGACGACACGGAGACAGACGCCCACAGCAUCGCUAACAUCUCUGACGACACCUUAAUAUCCGAAUCUGGGAAGCUCGUCUUUCUGUUUGCUCUUCUUGAAAGGCUCAGAGAAGAAGGCCACCGCACACUCGUCUUUGCUCAUUACAGGAAAGUGCUGGACAUCCUCGAACGCAUCCUGGGCAACAGAGGCUUCAAAGUGAUGAGACUGGACGGCACAAUAACACAGAUCGCAGAGAGGGAGCGGCGCAUCACCAAGUUCCAGACAGACAAACGUUACUCUGUCUUCCUCUUGACCACCCAGGUCGGAGGAGUCGGCAUCACUCUGACGGCGGCAGACCGAGUCGUGAUCUACGAUCCCAGCUGGAACCCGGCAACAGACGCCCAGGCUGUUGACAGGGCGUACCGCAUCGGCCAGACGGAAAACGUCGUCAUCUACAGGCUGAUCACCUGCGGCACGGUGGAGGAGAAAAUCUACAGGCGGCAGGUUUUCAAAGACUCCCUCAUCAGACAGAAUACCGGAGAUAAAAAGAACCCUUUUCGGUACUUCAGCAAGCAGGAGCUGAAGGAGCUCUUCACUCUGGAGGACACUCGGUCCUCGUCCACCCAGCUGCAGCUUCAGGCCCUGCACUCCAGACACCGACGAACAGACCCCGAACUGGACGAGCACAUCGCCCACCUCCACGCCAUGGAGAUGUUUGGCAUCUCUGACCACGACCUCAUGUUUUCCCUCGACGUCAACCAUGACGAGGCCCCGGAGGACCAAGAGGCGCACCACUACAUCGAGGGGAGGGUCCAGAAGGCCCAGGAGCUGAUGAAGGCCGAGUCAGAGUUGCAGAUGCAGUUAACAGAGAACAUGGCGUCGAGCACAGAACCAGCCUGGCUCAGACAACCAGUGGACAACAACAGAGAGCGGUCUCGUGAGAAAAAACCAAGAAACCCAAGACCAAGUCCUUCCUAUCCACAGCAUGACAGCAACUUUAACAGGUCACCGGUGGUGGUAGAUUUAGACCAGUCCAGUUCUGGCAUGGAGGGCGGCCAACAGAAUCUGAGUGACCACGUUAUUGACCUAACUGCAGAUGAGAGUAACUCAGAAGAACAACCUGCUGCAGGAGUAAGCCAAGACGAGCUCCCAGAGCUGAACCUGGAUUCCCGGAAACUUCAGUCUGUCAAGCAGGAAAGGAGUUCCUUAGGAGUAGCAGACGCCUCUCCUCAGGACGGGACUGAGGAGUCUUUGGUGACGUCGGAGCCCACUGAUGCUGCAGAGGGUGAGACGGCAGAUGCUUCAGUACAAGAACUAAUAGAUGAGUCUCAAACGUCUGCAGAUGCUUCAGUACAAGAACUAAUAGAUGAGUCUCAAACGUCUGAGGCCGCAGAUGCUGCAGUACAAGAACUAAUAGAUGAGUCUCAAACGUCUGCAGAUGCUUCAGUACAAGAACUAAUAGAUGAGUCUCAAACGUCUGAGGCCGCAGAUGCUUCAGUACAAGAACUAAUAGAUGAGUCUCAAACGUCUGAGGCCGCAGAUGCUUCAGUACAAGAACUAAUAGAUGAGUCUCAAACGUCUGCGGCCGCAGAUGCUGCAGUACAAGAACCAAUAGAUGAGUCUCAAACGUCUGAGGCCGCAGAUGCUUCAGUACAAGAACCAAUAGAUGAGUCUCAAACGUCUGAGGCCGCAGAUGCUUCAGUACAAGAACCAAUAGAUGAGUCUCAAACGUCUGAGGCCGCAGAUGCUUCAGUACAAGAACCAAUAGAUGAGUCUCAAACGUCUGCAGCCGCAGAUGCUUCAGUACAAGAACUAAUAGAUGAGUCUCAAAUGUCUGCAGCUGCAGAUGCUGCAGCUGGUGACGGCAGCCAGUCCUACGUUACAGCAGAUGAUGAAGAUGAACAACAGCUAAACGGAACUUCACACUCAACAAACAACUCCAUGAUGGACUUUGGGCCGGCUCGUGUCACCCCCCUGCAGAACAAAAGACUUUCUGUCCUGCAUGCAUCUAAUUCAAGCUUCAAAGGAGACACGUCGUACCGAGUCAGCGGCGCAGGGCUUGAAUCCUUUGAGGGCAACUUCAACUUACAGCUUGAGGACAGCGAGGUGUCCUCAGAAGGUGAAGUCCUGGAUCAUCAGGAGACCGAAGCAGAGGAGAGGAAGCUGCUGUCACAGCUGCAGAUGGACGGGAGUUUUGACGUGAAUAAAUCCCUUUCUGAGAGACAACACAGAGAAGCACUUGGACAAAGCCUCAACGUGUCUGCCUCUGAAAUGGACGAGUCGCUGAAUGAAUCCUUUGUGGCUACGAAGAAGAAAAGAGCUGCAGUGAUUUACGACAGUGAUGAAGACGAAGAAGAAGAGAAACUGGACAACCCCUUCCAGGUUCUUGGAGCCUCCACCCCUCUCCGGAGGAGAAAGAGCGUUGGAGGAAACACCUCAGUGGCCUCAAACCGGUCUCUCAUCCAGUCCAUCGUCGACGACAUGGAUGAUGAGGAUGAAGGUGAUGAAGAUGACAUUUCUGACGAGGCUGAAGAGGACAACAUCAUUGGUUCAACUAAUGAGCUUCAGCUGGAGGAGACCACUGGAGAGACCUUAAACACAGAAGGGGAGGAGGAGGAGGAGGAUUGCUCUGAGUCUGCAGAUGGCGUCGAUGCUUCGGCAGAGGAAAUGUGCAGUAACCUGGAGGAAUCAGCCAGCGAGCCCGAGCUCGCCUCCUCCGAGAGAAUGGAUCAGUGCACCGUUGAUGCAGGAGUCGAGACCAACGGGAUGAAGGACGUCGCCGAGGACGAGAGCUACGACUCCCUGGUGAGCAGAGGGAGGGAGGUCUACAGCGAGGGGAAGCUGGAAGACGCUCUGGGCUUCUUCCUGAGCGCCAUCGACAUCAAACCUGGAGAUCCUGAGAUCCAGCUCAUGACCAUCCAGCUGUACCGGCAGCUGAGCCAGAGACGUUAACAACCUACCAGCCGGCCAAGACUGUUAACAAUCAGGGCCACGCUGGCUGUUCGACAAAUCCUAUGUGUUAGUCUGUCCCUCUAUACUGUCUGACUUCCUGUCUGUGGCUCUCAGAUCCAAGCACAUUUGGUUCUUAAUGAAGACUUUAAUCUGUAUAACUUUUCAUGGCAAUCCAUCCAAUAACUGUUGAGAUAUUUCAGUCUGAACCAAAGCUGUUUACCUACAUUACCACUCCAACGAUGACACAGUAACAACACAACCCAACAAUAUAAAGAUACUUUACACUAAGGUGGGGUUAAGCGAGUCUGGAGCAAAACCAAUUCCACCGCAAGCAAGUAAUGUAGCUAACCUUAGCUUGCUUGUUGGUUAGCAAACUGCUGCUAUAAUCUAACGUCACAACAACAGCAUGUCUCAGUGAGCUAGAAAGUAAAGUUGAAUGUCCGAGGGCGAGUUAAUUAACGUUACUGAAAUAGUGUUGUGUUUUUGUUUGUUUGUUGUUUAUCUUAAAGCACCUUUUAACCUUUUGACUCAAACCUGAUAACUGUGCUUUAAAUCUGAAUCUUUGCACAGAACAGCAUUGAAAAAACAGUAAAGGUGGAAACAUUUUCAUAAACAUACUAGAUUGAGUCUGAUUGUUUCUUGCUUCUGUUAGAAGUCUCAUGUUUUUGGCAUGUAACAGCAGUGACUUCUUAAUUGAAAUUAAAACACUUUCAUUUUUUAUGUUUUCAUUCAUCCAUUAAAACAAUAGUUUUCCUUA